AUGCACUUUGCCAUAUGCGUAGAGCGCGAAUCCAUCUGGGUCUCCCUGUCCCGAUGCUUCAAACCGGGUCACCGCAGUUCCAUAAAGAGACUUGAAUUCUCCAAAUUUCGGCUUCAAUGUCCCCGCCAGUCGCUCGUACUUCCGUUGUCCUGGAUCGAUCCAUAUUAUGUCGUCCCGUGUAACCCCACCACACACUGUUGA